GACGCGAAGUUUGCAUUGAAAACUACGUCUCCCAGCAGGCAGCGUAGCCACGAACCGGAAAAAACGUUCUGGCGCGGUGCAUGCCGAGGCGCGGAGUUUACGUCCCUGAAUCGCUAGGAGCCCUUUCCUCUCUCACCAAAUCAUGUUACUACGGAGUUUGGAGUAUACUAGGACCUGACAAGAAAUUGAGAGAAUCAUACGACUGAUUCUGUUUUAUUCCUGAGGGCUUCUUUCCUCUCCAAACUAACUUCUGACAAAUUUCCGUUUCCGGUUGGCUCGUUACCUUGGAAACCAACAAACUCAGCAAUCCGGGCAGUUAUGGUGGGAAUGAACAGCACCCCGAUCCCCGACGGUGAGUUCACCGCGGUGGUGUACCGACUCAUCCGCGAUUCUCGCUUCUCCGAAGCGGUGCAGCUGCUGGCCGCUGAGCUGCAGCGGAGCCCGAAGAGCCGCGCCGGCCUGUCGCUGCUGGGCUACUGCUACUACCGCCUGCAGGAAUUCCUGCUGGCCGCAGAGUGCUAUGAGCAGCUGAGCCAGCUGCACCCAGAACUCGAGCAGUACCGCCUCUACCAGGCCCAGGCUCUGUACAAGGCCUGCCUCUAUCCAGAGGCCACUCGGGUCACCUUCCUCCUCCUGGACAACCCGGCCUAUCACAGCCAGGUCCUCCGCCUGCAAGCUGCUAUCAAGUACAGUGAGGGCGAUCUGCCAGGGGCCAGGAGCCUAGUAGAGCAGUUGCUGAGUGGGGAAGCAGGAGAAGAGAGUGGGGGAGAGAAUGACCGCGAUGGCCAGAUCAACCUGGGUUGUUUGCUGUACAGGGAGGGCCACUACGAAGCUGCGUGUUCUAAGUUCCUUGGGGCCCUGCAGGCUUCAGGGUACCAGCCAGACCUUUCCUACAACUUGGCGCUGGCUUAUUAUAACAAUGGGCACUAUGGCCAGGCUCAGAAGCAUAUCUCCGACAUUAUUGAGCGUGGCAUCCGUCAGCACCCUGAGCUCGGCGUGGGCAUGACCACUGAGGGCAUAGAUGCUCGCAGUGUUGGCAACACCUCAGUCCUCCACCAGACUGCCCUGGUGGAAGCCUUCAACCUCAAGGCAGCCAUAGAGUACCAGCUGAAAAACUACGAGGCGGCUCAGGAAGCCCUCACUGACAUGCCACCUAGGGCAGAGGAAGAGUUGGACCCUGUGACCCUGCACAACCAGGCACUCAUGAACAUGGAUACCAGGCCUACAGAAGGACUUGAAAAGCUACAGUUCUUGCUCCAACAGAACCCCUUCCCUCCAGAGACUUUUGGCAACCUCUUGCUGCUGUACUGCAAGUAUGAGUAUUUUGACCUGGCAGCAGAUGUUCUGGCAGAAAAUGCCCAUUUGACUUAUAAGUUCCUCACACCCUAUCUCUAUGAAUUCCUGGAUGCCAUGAUCACUUGCCAGACGGCUCCAGAAGAGGCCUUCAUAAAGCUCGAUGGACUAGCAGGGAAGCUGACUGAGCAGCUCCGGAAACUCACCAAGCAAGUACAGGAAGCAAGACAUAACAGGGAUGAAGAAGCUGUUAAAAAGACAGAGAAUGAAUAUGACGAUACCCUUGAGAAAUAUAUUCCUGUAUUGAUGUCCCAAGCAAAAAUCUACUGGAAUCUUGAAAAUUAUCCAAUGGUGGAAAAGAUCUUCCGCAAAUCUGUGGAAUUCUGUAAUGACCACGAUGUGUGGAGGCUGAAUGUAGCUCAUGUUCUGUUCAUGCAGGAAAACAAAUACAGGGAAGCCAUUGGUUUCUAUGAACCCAUAGUCAAGAAGCAUUACGAUAACAUCUUGAAUGUCAGUGCCAUUGUAUUAGCUAACCUCUGUGUUUCCUAUGUCAUGACCAGUCAAAAUGAAGAAGCUGAGGAGUUGAUGAGGAAGAUUGAAAAGGAGGAAGAGCAGCUGUCAUAUGAUGACCCAGAUAAGAAAAUCUACCAUCUCUGCAUUGUGAAUCUGGUGAUAGGAACACUCUAUUGUGCUAAAGGAAAUUACGACUUUGGCAUUUCUCGGGUUAUCAAAAGCUUGGAACCUUACAAUAAAAAACUGGGAACUGAUACCUGGUACUAUGCCAAAAGAUGCUUCCUUUCCUUAUUAGAAAACAUGUCAAAGCACAUGAUAGUGCUUCGUGAUAGUGUUAUUCAGGAGUGUGUGCACUUUCUGGAACACUGUGAACUUCAUGGCAGAGAUAUACCUGCUGUUAUAGAGCAACCGCUUGAAGAAGAAAGGAUGCAUAUUGGGAAGAACACAGUCACUUAUGAGUCCAGGCAGUUGAAAGCUUUGAUUUAUGAGAUUAUUGGAUGGAAUGUGUAGGUAUAGCUGGUAAUGGCUUUUGUGAAAAUCUGUUUCACACUGUUUUGCAUUUAUCCUUGGCAUUUUUAUAUCAUUUAUGUUGAAUUUUGCAUACUUAUAAUAGCCUAUAUUGUGUUUGAAGAACUUUUUUUUUUUUUUAAUUUUAUUGAGUUUAUUGGUACAUUUUAGGGAUACAGUA